AUGCCGUCUCCAAUCCCCGUAACCCGCCUGCUGCCCACAGACUUCGGCCUGCUGGUGGGGGUGUGCAGCAGCCCUUUAACCAAACACACGGGCGCACUUACACUCCGCGUCCCGAACCGCACUGUUCCAACCAAACUCGCCAGCAGACUCUGGUCCUCUGUGAUCUACUGGCGGGAGCUGCGCGAUCUGGAACCCAUCGGAUCGGGUGGAUUCGGCCUGGUGUUUAAGGGCUCCUACCUGGGCGAGACGGUCGCUGUGAAGCGGGUGAAGUGCGCAAAGAACAAACUGGCGUCGCGUCAGAGCUUUUGGGCCGAACUGAACGCGGCGCACCUGCGGCACCCAAACCUGGUGCGGGUGAUCGCCGCCAGCACCCAAGCCAACGGCGAUGAUGUGAUGGGGGAGAGCGGGGACAGCGUGAUUGGCACGAUCGUGAUGGAGUUUGCUGGGGAGAUGAACCUCCAGCAGGUGAUCUACAGCCCCGCGGAGCCUCUGCGCCCUGAAUCGUACGCCACCGAUAUAGUGCGCGCCCUCCAACACCUGCACUCCCAAGGCAUCGUGCACUUGGACCUCAAACCUGCCAAUGUGAUCCUCACCCGGAACGGGGUGUGCAAACUGGCUGAUUUCGGCUGCUCGGUGAAAGUGGAAACCCAGCACGCAUCGGUUUGCAGGAGUGAGAUCGGUGGUACGUACACGCACCGCGCACCAGAACUUCUUAAAGGACAUGAGGUCACACCUAGUGUAGAUGUCUACUCUUUUGGAAUCACGCUUUGGCAGAUGUUCACGCGUGAACCACCCUAUGAAGGAGAUAGGCAGCACAUAAUCUAUGCCGUGGUGGCUUACGAACUGAGGCCUGACCUCAACAAGGACGUGUUUAGUCCCACUGGACCUGGCUGUGUGUUUAAGGAACUCAUCGGUAGGUGCUGGAGUGCAGAACCGAGUAACCGACCCACUGCAGAGCAGCUUCUAACUGAACUCUGUGAGCUCUCACUUUGAAUCAUUGGAUUGAUUACUACCUUCUGUAAUAGUGAGGAUACCCCAUUCCACCACCCAUCAGUAUUAGACCUGAUAAUAGCCUGAAAUGCUGGUUUGAUUGGUGUUAGGAAAUAAACAGAGCUCUAAUAUUGAAGUCAUAUUAAAAUGGGACAUCUCUACUAAGUAAAUAAGUCAUAAAAGAAGCCAGCUUGGAUGCCAUUUCAUUAGCAAUGCAUAAUCUCAUUAG